AUGUCCCGCACUCAGAUAGACCAGUUCAUCGACGAUGAGGAGGAGGAGCUCUGCCCGCUGUGCGUCGAGGAGUUUGAUCUGUCGGACAAGAACUUCAGGCCUUGCCCUUGCGGCUAUCAGAUAUGCCAGUUCUGCUACAACAAUAUCAAGACGACUAUGAACGGCCUUUGCCCUGCCUGCCGACGCCCUUACGAUGAAAAGAGCAUAGAAUGGAAGGUCAUCAGCCCGGAAGAGAUGGCCAACUACAAGGCAGAUCUGGCUCAGCAGGCCAAGAAAAAGGCCGCUGCUCGACAAAAGGAGGCUCAGAAGCGCGAGGCCGAUUCACUCAGCCGCAAGCACCUCGCCGGUCUCCGGGUCGUCCAGAAGAACCUUGUCUACGUUACCGGCCUCAACCCGACCACGCGCGAAGACAAGCUACUGGAAACUUUGCGCGGCGAUCAAUAUUUUGGGCAAUACGGCAAGAUUGUCAAGAUUGUUGUCAGCAAGGCCAAGGAUACGUCACACCCGCAACAAUCAGUUGGCGUUUAUGUCACCUUCGCUAGGAAGGAAGAUGCUGCUACUUGCAUUGCGGCUGUGGACGGCUCGAUCAACGGCGAUCGUACACUGAGGGCCCAGUACGGAACGACCAAGUACUGUUCCGCUUACCUUCGCAACGAGCAGUGCAAUAACCGCAAUUGCAUGUUCCUCCACGAACCAGGGGAAGAAAACGAUAGCUUCACUCGACAAGAUUUGUCAUCUAUGAACGUCAUUUCGACGCAAGCUCCUUCGCAAUCGCACCACAGUUCCUCUACGUCUCGACACACUCCCCAACCGCAGCCUCCGCCACAACAAGCGCCCCAAGCGGUUGCCGCCGCCGCCCAACCAAUGGGAAGGAUGGAUAGUCACGAUGGAAACGCUAGUCCCACGCACGACGGCCCGGCCCUACCAUCAACCGCAAGCUGGGCAAACAAACCGCCGCCGACACCACAAGCGCAGAAAGCGAGUCCGACGAACCUCACUGCUUCUCCAGCGCUGCAAGCACCAACUCCUGCCGAGGCCAGUCAGACCAAGCAAAGCGGGAAGAAGGCCAAAGCCAAGGAACAACCGCCGAAACCCGAGGAACCGAAGCCUGUCGAGAAGACGCCUACCCCGCCCCCGCAGCCUGCGCCUCAGCGGAAGCCUACUCACCCGUUGGAUGAAGUUUUGAAGAAUCUCUCGGGUGAUGGCCUGAAGUUUGUAUUUUCUUCCGCUACGUUAAGCCCGGAGGAUCUUAAGGUUGUUAUGAACUUUCCUCCUCUUUUUGAUCUGAAAGGAGGUGAGAGAAGGAGAUUGCUGCGGGAGAAGGAAGCGGAAGAACGGCAAAGGACGGAAGCUGAGAACCAGGCAAUCCGAGAGGCAGCAGUAGCGCAAGAGCAGGAAGAGCAACCGGAGGGUGGCAGUGGUAGUCUGCAGCUCGGCGGUGAGCCGGAGGAGCGAACCGACAUGGGCCAGAGACAGCAGCAUGCCAUUCAACCACCUUCUCAGCAGUCAAUCGGUGGUGCCGUCGGCUUGGGACAAAACUUCCCGUUCUCAGAGGACAUGGCAAACCUGGGUUUGAACAACCGCGGACUUACGACUCAACAGCAGCAGCAAAUUCUGUUGCAGCAGUUCAAGUCGGCCAGCACCCAGAAUAGCAGCCUGUUCCAGACCGCGCAGCCUCAGAUGCAGAGUGGUAUGCAGAACGCAGCCAACCAUGCCAGACACACCUCUAGGUUUACUUUUGGCACCGAUUCCAACACCGCCACCGCAAACGUCAAGCCCGUCGCCAACGCCAAGCUCAUGAACCAACAGGCGUCGAUGAUGCCUCACAACAACCACUUUAGCCAGCUUUCUCAGCACCAACCGCUCGGCAACCAGUUUUACACGAGCAGCGUUCAGGGACCUCCUCCCGGUCUCAAGACGACUGGUACGCCGCCCAUCAGCGGAGGUGGCAUGUUCGGACAAGGCCACGGCUUCGCAACUGGUGGUUUGGGCUAUGGUGCAAACGCGGUGGGCAGGACCGCCAAUGAUGACGUAAUGAGGGAUUUGCUUCGGGGCCGUGGUGGUAAUGCUGGCGGCAGCCAGGUGCACGAUUCUGGCAAGCGUGAGUUAAUGUUCCCUUCUUUCUUGCACCAACAUCCCACCGCGACCUCUACGCCCAGCCCAGCCCCUGGCCUUCUGAACUUCCCUUAUGGACCUCAGCCUGGCGCAUACCAGGAUUCUGGCUCCCAGAAGCAGAAGAAGAAGGGUAAGAAGCACAGACAUGCUAACACUUCCUCCUCUGGAGGUGGUGUAGUUGAUGUUGCGGACCCGAGUAUUCUCCAGGCGAGGUUGCACCAAGGCGGAGCCAUGGUCGGCCAGGGUCUGUAUGCUGGUCAGGGCCAAGGUGGGUUUUCAUCCGUGUACAACAGCGGCUUUGGUAGAUGGUAG